UAAAAGGAGAUUUUCCAGAUGAACUCAUGAAGGUUGAUCUUAAUCGUGCUCUCUCCGGAAGCGCUAUUAGUAACCUUGGAUAAAAAAACGUCAGGAAACAUCUGAUUCAAGAUAGCAAGCACUGUGUACUUAAUUUGACUUAAUUGACUCGUAUGUCUUCGUGUAACUCGAAUAUUAACAGAGGCCACCUUUAUGGAGCUAAUAAUAUUAGCGCGUGACACAGUUAUGAAGCCAUUGCACUCGUAAUCGGUUACGCUUGUUAUGCUCUCGUCGAGAUAUAUCAUCGGUCCGAGUUUGAUAAUCGUAACCUUGAAUGUAUAUUGCAAUAUAUUAACAAGCGUAAAUCGGCAUCGGAGGUAAGGACGGAGAGUUUCAAUCCGCUUGAUCCACGCGGGAUAAGCGAGAGACCAGAUAGAGUGAGAGAGAGAAAAAGAAAGAGAGAAAGAGAGAGCAGUGAGAGCAGUGAGGGUGUCAGGGGAUAACUGGUGCUAACCUAAGAUGCAAACAUUCGUGAACGUUGACGUGCUUAUAUUAUUACUGAGAAUUUAUUUAUUAUACUGGUCCCUUGGCACGGUAACGGCUAGCGGUGGAGCUCUCGAUUCUACUCCGACCUUCCAAACUAGUGCCUCGAGCACUCCACAUUCCAAAAUAGCAGCCUUCUCUGCCACCCUUACCAAUGGACUGGCUCAAGCGGUGGCUCAUGAAUCUGCUACAGAUACCUGUAACGACGACCUAGCUUGUAUAACUAUGGCUUCUCACGAUCGAUUAGGUUUAGAGGCUAUAAAAUCUCUCCACAGUCAAUUGGAUGACGACGCCAAUGGAAAUGUCGAUUUAUCUGAAUCUGAUGAUUUUUUGAGAGAAGAGCUACAGUAUGAAGCUGGUUAUGAACGAAGACAAAGGGCUUUCCAUCACAAUGAUGAUAUGCAUAUUAGCGUACGAGAACUCUGGGAAGCCUGGUUGCGAUCAGAAGUUCAUAAUUGGACUAUAGAACAAACAUCAGAAUGGUUAACUUCCAAUGUUGAGCUUCCUCAAUAUGUUCCUACAUUUAUACAGCACCGUAUAACUGGUGCUACACUUCCUCGAUUAGCAGUAAAUAAUAUGCAUUACCUUAGCAAUGUUUUGGGUAUCAAGGAUCCUAUUCACAAGCAAAAAAUUGCUCUAAAAGCAAUGGAUGUUGUUCUUUUUGGUCCUCCCAAAGAUACUGGACACAACAUCAAAGAUUUGCUACUGGUUAUAUUAUUAUUUGGAGCACUUAUUGGAUGUUGGUUCAUAUAUCAGCAAAGGAAAAAUUCACAAAAUCAUCUUCAUAGAAUGAUGAAGGACAUGGAAAGUUUGCGUAAAGCAGAACUCGCGCUGGAAAAUUUGCAGAAAGAACUAGAAAGAGCAAGAAUGGAACAAGAAAGUGCAGCUACUGAAAAACAGAAUUUGGAAAAACGUUUGCAAGAUGAAAGUUUGGGAUUGCAUACUUCAUAUUCAGAUCUUGAAGUAUCACAAUUGAAAGCGGAAAUCGAAAUGUUGAAGUUGGAAUUACAGCGUGCUGAGGGUGAACUUGAAGAUAGAUGCUGGUCACCACCAGCUGGACUGCAGCAUUGGCUGCAAUUGACUCAUGAAAUUGAGAACAAAGCAUAUACUAAUAAAAAGAUAGCAGCUGAAAAACAACUUCAACAAGCACGUGAAGCGUGCGAAAAAUUACGAAAAAAGCGUUCCAGUCUAGUAGGUGCCUUCGUUUCGACUCACGGGAAGUCUAUCGAUGAAGUUGAUAAAAGUAUAGUUGAAGCAAGAACUGCAUUGAAUGAAGUAACAAAUGAAUUGAAAGAAAGAGUACAUCGUUGGAAACAGAUUGAACUACUCUGCGGUUUCAAUAUAAUUAACAAUAAUGGUUUAAAUUAUUUAGAGACAGUUUUAUACAGAGGAACACCCAAUGGUAGAGGUCUUGGACUUAGAGGACGACUCAGUAGCCAAGAUGAUUUAGAUGAUGAGGCAAGUUCAGUGUAUACAUCAUCGGUCAGUGCAGUCGCAGGUAUUUUGGAGAAUUCAGUAUGGAAAGAGUCAUCGAUGCCGCCCAGUGGUCGACUUGGAAGUGAACUUUCUGAUUCUUCGAGCAGCGAAGCGGAGAAAGAAACACACGGGGUCCACUUCGUGCUAGGUGAUGGACUGGAAGAGUCCGCUGGAGCCUCCGGAAAGACUGCGCCGUACAAAGAAAAAUCCAGCAUUGUACGUUCUUAUAGUCAAGACACAAACAUACUGAUCAACGAGGAUAAGGGUUCAUCGUUUCUACCGAAAACAUCAUAUUCGGAAAAUUCCCUCGAUAUUUCGGAUAGGUACAGUUAUCGUCCUGCGACGUCAUUGAUGACUAUAAUGACAGCAGCGACGCCGAUGACGACGAUGACAACAACGGCAACUGCAACUACAAUUACAGCAGGCGCUAAAAAAUUGUUUAAGGAAUUACCUACAGUAAUGUCAGUCGAUGAUGAGACGCUUUCCACUGAUUCUAAUUCUACCGCCGACAACGAUGAGCUUAAACGAAGGCGCAGGAAGCUACACUUUCCAGCCUUUAGGAAGAACAAAACUAAAAUCACGUGAUGCCCGCUAGUCACAUAAUCUUAUUUGUUACUUAAUUGCUAUCCAUUACAAUUAGUUGUAAUCGCGACAUGCACUUAAGAAUUAUUUUAUCAGUAAUUAUUAAUUGUUAGCUAUUAUUAUUCAUGUGACGUACAUACACAAACACAUACAUUCUUGGUCUCUUUUUCUUUAUUUUUUCUUUUCUCUUUUUCUCUUGCCUUUUUUUUUCUUUCUUUCUUUGCGCGCGUAUAAACUCACGGAAACGUAACCGUUGUUUAGGAUGUUUUUUUGCCCUGGCGCGGUGUUCCUUCUACUUUGCCAAACUUGCGUAUGUGCAAAAUAAUAAUGAAAAGUGAGUCAAUGGAUACACCGAAGACAUCCGACCUAGAUAAAUAGAUUUUUAGAAUUGCAAUAUUUGAAAACUUUUAAUAUUAUGGCAAUAUAUUUUCGGUAUGUACUUUUUAGGAGACUAAAGGUUCGUUCCGAAUUACGUAUGAAGCGCUUGAUGCAUCAUUUGUUUUUCAUCAAAUAAUGAAAAAGCAUUAAAUAAUAUAUCAUGCGUAACUCGAAACGUAUCCUAAAUGUUCUCCAAGCUGCAAACUUUUAUGAAGUAAGA